AUGGCGAACGAUUUGAUUCACGACUCGGCCGGCGCAAAUCUGCUGGUUUUUGCCGCGCAACGGGCGGGCAUGCAACACGCACCGGAAGAUGAGGCUGCGGCUGAAGUUGACGAACCCCCCGAUAAUCGUCGUUUACGUCCGGAGACCCAAUUUAAGCGGAAUGUCGUACGAAAACCAGCGGACAAUUCCGAAUCUCUCUUAACGAAAGCCCUUCAUUCAGAGGAGGAUGCUUUCAAUUCGAUUUUCAACUCAUCGAGGAGACGUUCAAUGAAUAGCAGCGUCAGCCUCGCAUCUACUGCCGACCUUACCAGCGAUACUGGCUUCACAAGCCCCGCGCGCACAAACACACCUAGUCCGCCGCCACCUGUAAUAUCAUUUUCACGGUUGAACAUGGACCUCUAUUUCGACGCCAAAUCCAAAUCUACUCCACAGCGUGACCCCCAACAACCCAUGCAAGUGGCCGCUUUGAGUAAGCCCGUGGGAAGCAAUGGGUUACCAAAGGAUCCUGCAGUAGAAGCUUUGACCAAAAAACGCUGCAUUUCAUUCGCGUGUGGACAAAAAUCCGAUACUACGAAGCCACCAUCUCUUCAGUCAGUUGAGCCUAAGCCACCAGUAGACGAGAAGCCCCAGAGGAAAUCUUGCAUAAAAUUUGCAUGCCCUACAAAAUUGGAUCCUCAGACACCACCGAAGGGAAAUGUACGGCAACCCGUCCCCAAUUCGACCAUCGCAUCGUUGAAAGAAUGUAACGAUUCUCCCGCCACUGUGCGCAAGCUUCGAUCGCCUUCCGUUACCCGCGGACGAUCGCUUAGGUCCUUGACUCCGCGACCAUCGUCGCGAAGUCCAAUGCCACCUCGAUCGGCUAAAUAUCUGACUGUGAACCCGAACGACCUGGACAGCGAGUCUUCUCGUUUCCAUGAGUUUGCUAGUGAUGGACCACAAGAAGAAGAUUGGAUCCGUCUAAAUCUCCCCCCGCCUGGUCGUCGACUAACUAUUAAUGAUACACUGCAAAAGGAAAAUGAGAUUCGGCGGUUAGGGAAAGAAGCCGAAGAGGAAGAACUCGAAGAGGAGGAAGAGGAAGAGGCGGAGGAGCUGAAUGAUGAAGAGGAGGAGGAAGAGGAAGAAGAAGAAGAAGACGACGAAGAUGAAGACGGAGUGGAUCUCCCGGAUGAGACCAUGGAAGAUGAGAUAGAUGAUGGUUAUGAGGUCGACAAUCAAUCGGGUUAUGGGUCUGAUGAUGAUUUCUCGGACGGCUACAAUACCGAUAACGAAGUUGGAUUUGCCGAUUCGGAUGAUGAUGAUAACGAUGACGGGAACCUGGAGCUGUGGACCCCUAAUCGUGGCCCAGUUACUCAAACUUCAGGGAACACACCUAUCUUCCGUCGAUUAUCCAUGACGGGUAACCGGUCAGAUUCAUCAUCUUCUGAUAUGCCUAAUCUGACUAGGACACCACGAGAGAAACCUCGUCGGAUUAAGAUGCGCCCUGGUACACCCGAAUUGCCGGAUAGCACCGAUUUCGUUUGUGGCACGUUGGAUGAGGACCGACCGCUGGAGGAGGCCUAUAUCUCAUGUAUAGCCGCGAGGCGUCGAGAGAAGCUCCAUCCAAUUCCCCAGGAUAUCGACCCCAGUUUCCCCACGUCUGAGCCGGAAGAUGAAGACAUUGAGCCUCGCAGAUCUAUUCAUGGAAGUGAUGGUCACCUGUCUGAGGACGUGCAUGACGCUGAGAAUGGCGCUGAGCGACGAAGAAGAAGAACGGACCAGCCGUCACCACGACGAUAUCAUUCACCACCGCCCAAGCGCCAUCACUCUCCUCCAAAGCCUCGAGGUCGAUCACCGAAGCGUCUCUUCGACGGACGCUCACCGCGUCGGCUCGCCUCGCCAGCUCCAGGUCCUAUGGUGCGGUCCCCUCCAUCAUCGCUCAUUCAAGAUGACAAUCUUAGAAAGCAUGAAUUCAAGAGUCUGGCAUUUCGACCUGGCUUGACACAUACUAAGUCGCUCCCACGCGCCCCUGCGAUGUUUCCUCAACAUUUGAAGGGACAUCGCCGAUCAGGCAAAUCCUCAAGCAUAAAAGAGCGCCACGUGCGAGGUGCCAUCGACAUCGUGAAGGGUCUCGAGGCGAAGCGUCAGCGCCGAAAGGAGAAAUUUAAGGAGAAGUACUUCCAGAAGCAUUGUAACAAGGCACGGAAAGGUCAGGUUGUUGAGAAGAAGCCACAGCCUGGCCAGGGCGCCGAGAGGAUGCGAGAGAUCGGAUUACUUAUGGCCGGAAAGCUAGUUUACGACGUCCUCUCGUCGCUCGGCUUGAUGAACAAGCAUGCUAAGCUGCUGUUCCUCGGCCUCGACAAUGCCGGAAAGACAACUCUACUACAUAUGUUGAAGAAUGACCGAGUUGCCAUUCUACAGCCUACCCUACAUCCCACAUCCGAAGAACUUGCCAUUGGGAACGUGCGCUUCACCACGUUCGAUCUAGGUGGUCACCAGCAAGCCCGUCGGUUGUGGAAGGACUACUUCCCGGAAGUGAACGGGAUCGUGUUCUUAGUCGACGCCAUGGACCACGAGCGUCUGCCCGAGUCCAAGGCCGAGCUCGACGCCCUCCUGUCCAUGGAGGAGCUCGCCAAGGUGCCGUUCGUCAUCCUCGGGAACAAGAUCGACCACCCCAACGCCGUGUCCGAGGACCAGCUCCGCCACGAAUUGGGCCUGUACCAGACGACCGGGAAGGGCAAGGUCCCGCUGGAGGGUAUCCGACCCAUCGAGGUCUUCAUGUGCUCCGUGGUGAUGAGACAAGGAUACGGUGAGGGUAUAAGAUGGCUUUCCCAGUACGUCUAGACGACAAUUCAUGAAGCAGGCGGGAGCAGCAACGUGAGAAGCGUGUGAUGAUAUACGAGAAUUUGGGGGGACAAGACGAGACGAGGACGAGCGAUGCGAAAGUUGCAAAGAAUGCGAAUUGGCCGUCUGGGGAAAAAAAUAAGCGAAGGGUUCUUUGACUGUCAGCAAUACCACCUUCUUAACUACUUAACUAACCAUACGGCGAAGUUUCGAAUGUUUUUUUCCGGGAUAUUUUCAUUGGAGUCAAUGGCUUAGAGGCAUUUUGCCAAGAAUCGCAAUAAUGAAUUGAGCAUUAACUAACCACUUCUCAUCUCACCAUCCCGAGUGCCGUUGGCUUCUUGGGGUCUUUUUGCAUAUCCUAGGUACUCUACCUAGGUACGUUAUUUUAGAUACUUAUGAAUGAUGAGUGUUACCUAGCCUGCUGUUGUCAUUGUAUAUUAUAGUAGCGUUAGAGGUAGGUACUUAGAAGACGAAGUCAAAAUUAAUACGGAUCCGUACGCUGUUGUUAGACGAUUUCUUUCGGUUUUGGUUUUCUUAGUCGCAUAUUAACGUAGGUAAAAUCAACAUGAUCAUAAGCAUAUUGGUAGUUGUUCGGCAACUAGGGUUCUUAAC